GAAUUCUGUAUCUUAUUAUGGGAAAAAAUUAUUAUGGAUUAAAAGCAGGUAUUAAAAAUUCUACUUUUAAAAGAGUCAAUAAGACUCUCCUAAAGGCUAAUUUCCAGUAAGCUUGGACACCAGAGAGAACUGUACUGUUUUAGUAAGCCUACUAAUAUAAUGUUACGUUGUCAAAAUACAUAACUGAGUACCUGAUGAUGACUUUGUUUCAGUUUAGAGAAAAACACCUUUCCUUUACAAGAAGGAGGCAAGAAACGUCAGCUGACUGCUGUUGCAAAGAGUACGUAAAAUAAAACACAACGCUUCCAUUUGUUUCAGCAUACUUUGCCUUGAUGUUGUUAGGCCUAACUUAUUUCGCUGGCUAUCUUCAUCCUGUGCUUAGCUUCCAUUUGAGCUGAAACAUAAACUAUUUUAUAAAGAGCCAGUAACUUUUCAAAGCAGCACACAGUUGUAUAGUACUUCUCUGGUGACUAAGAGACUGCACUAGCUCUGCUUCUUGGCCCCAUGGAAACUACUUUUUCGGGUAACGUUCAAUCUGCUGCAAAUUAUAACUAACACAGGCGAGGCCUUUCUGCCAGUCUGAAUGAUUCAGAGGUGAAUUCUGCUAAUCUUAUGCUGAGUAAUAUCUUGUAGUAGGAUUAGUCUCACAGAAACAUGUUCUUUGUAGCUCAAGAGAGAGGACAUUUAACUUCAUGCUACAUAAUCUUUGAAAACCUCAUUAACCUGUCUCAUGAAAGAUUUUCUUUAUAAGGCAAACACCUUUCAAAUCUGAUUAUUACGGUUACAGAUGUUCCUAUGGUGCUAGUGACAGUCCUGACAGAAAACAGACCCUUGCCUUGGAGACCUGAUACUGCAUCAGCUCUUGGGAAGGGGUGUCAUACAGGGGGGUUGACAGAGGAGUGGUUGUCACUCCUCUCUCUGACAGUAAUACAGAUGUUUGAAACAGAUUAACCAAAAUCAAAUGGGGAAGAGAUACAAAUAAAAAUCCUCCAUGUUUCCAGUAAGUCACUUGAGAAGAGGAAAGGAAGAAGUGCCACCAUCUGACAAUCUGACUAGCAUCUAAACACUGAGCUAACGCUGAACUGAACCACAAGCUCUAAACCACUUGUUCACUGAGAGUCAAAUCCUACUUUCUGAGACAGGUCCAACCCAAGCCAAACGACUCUGACGCUUAGAGCCUGCAACCUGAGCCUAAAGGCUGAAUUUGGCAAAACAAAUUCUGCUUCUCUCAUGAGUUUCCCCAGAAACCUUUGAUCUAAACACUUAAACCACUGAUGUAUUUGAAAGCUUAAUCCAUAUUCUGUUUCCAGAAACCUCUUUGUAAUUGUCUUAUGCUUUUGAGUCCCCAUUAGUAUAGAUCUAGGAACAGAUGAUGUAUUUAAAUCCACCAGCUGUUGUGUUUGGGUCUUAACUGUCAAGACAAUCCUCUUUGGCAAAUAAAUAUAUUCGUUUUUUCCUGUCAUGGAUGCUUUACUACAACUCUUAUCUGAUAGCACUUAGGAUUUUGUCUGUCUCCUGGAUGCAUUAGGAUUUAAUUAUUUGCUGACUAAAAAGAUCUCAAUGUGUCUCCUUACAGGCUGCCUUUAAAAAGAAGGCAAUAUGGCAACCACAGAUGUUGCCAACUUUUACUAUAACUUCUCCAUGAUUGAUGCCAACGAAAAUGGAAGUGAGAAUUUUCACAUAUUUACAAGAGUCUUCCUGCCCUGUAUGUACUCAGCUGUUUUCAUCCUUGGGUUAGCAGGAAACGCGCUGGUCUUUGUCAUACUAGUUUUCUAUGAGAAACUGAAGAUGCUGACAGAUGUAUUUUUGCUGAACUUGGCUAUAGCUGACUGGGUCUUCCUUUGGACGCUGCCAUUCUGGGCAUAUUCUGCUGCUCAGGACUGGACUUUUGGCACUGUGACAUGUCGUAUUAUACGGGGCUUGUAUACUCUGAACCUGUACACUUCAAUGUUAACUCUAACUUCUAUCACCAUUGACCGGCUUAUUGCUAUUACUUUCGCCACCAAAGCACAUAUGUGUCAAACCAAACGAAUGACAUGGGGCAAAUUAAUCUGUGUCUUGAUCUGGGUGAUAUCACUAGCAUUUGCCACACCGCAGUUUAUUUUUAGUGAGGUGUUUAGUAUUGAUAAGGCAAUAUGUCAGGAAGAAUACCCAAACCAUCAAACAGAGAUGGUUCUUGAAGUGAUCCAAGUGACCCUUGGCUAUUUUAUUCCCAUGCUAGCCAUGACCAUUUGCUACUCACUAAUUAUUAGAACCUUACUGCAUGCCAGAAGUUUUCAAAAGAACAAAUCUCUAAAAAAAAUAUUUUCUGUAGUUGUCGUAUUUAUUCUUACUCAGUCACCCUAUACUUUCUUGAGACUGAUAAAGAUCAUAGACUGGAGCUUUAACUUGAACAGCAGCUUUGAAUAUGCAAUCAUUGUAACAGAAGCUCUUGCUUAUUUCCAUGGCUGUCUUAACCCUGUUCUGUAUUUCUUCAUGGGGGUGAAAUUCAGGAGGAACUUACAGAAAAUUAUUAAAAAUUCAAGAUGCGUCAAACGGCAAGUUAUGACUAAAUCAUGGCAAAACCCUGAAGAGGAGGGCUCUAGAACUUUUACUGCCUCAAAUAAUGCAGAUGUAACAAGCAUGUACCCGCUAUGA